AUGAACUUAUUAUUCUUGAUUUUACUUUGCUAUCCCAUCGUGUGUUCUGGACAUUCCUUUCUUUUAUCUAUCCAAGGUUCAGAUGGAGUACGCUCAACAGCUUUUGGGGCUAGACUCUUAACACGAGGUACAUUGGUACAGAACACUGGAAUAUUCGAUAAAGAUUUACCUGAUGAAGACAAUGAUACACAAUCGAACAAAUCAAGACCUGGACCCUGUGGAAGGAUUUUUGGUGGUGAUAGUUUACCAGGUUUCGACAUUGAUGUAGCAAAGGAAAUGCAGAUAGCUGAAGCAAGUGGAAUUCCAACUGCUUCUUCCAAUGGGACUAUUCAAAUGGGCGUUUAUGUUGCGAACCCAGACGGUGCAGGUCCUUUCAAAUGUGUUUAUUCAAGUGAUUCUUCAUUGAAAGAAUUUCAACCUAUGAAGAUCUUACAUCAAGUAGAAGGAUUCAAAAGUGUUAAUAAGUUUGCAAAUAACUUUGUAUACCCACUUACAGCAACUUUUAACAAAGAUACGACAUGUAGUGGCGGGAAUGAUAAGAAUGUAUGUAUCAUCAAGUGUACCAAUCCGAAUGGAUUUGGAUCUUGUGCAGCUGUGAAGUUAUCGUCAGGAUUUGGCCACUCCAAUUCAACGAAGGAAUCUCAAUUAGAUUCAAACCCCCCAUUGACGAGUGGGGCGAGUCGCGGAAUUCGAUUUGGAUAG